CCCGCCGAAAAACAAAAUGGCGGCGUCCCAAGCCAUUAAGUUUUUCUAACUUUAUAUCCUUUCCUACAUCUUUAUGUAUUUAAAAGAGCCUAUGAUUGAUACAAGGUGACUUGUGCUGUUCCUUUAAUAGCGUGAUCUCUGUUUAUUUGUCGCAAAAAUGAGUGAUAUUCGUGAUAUACUUGAGUUGGAGCAGCCAGCUUCAUAUGGCGGGGUUCCGUCAAAAGAUGCGAUCGUUUCAGGCAUGAAGCAACCCAAGAAACCCAAGAGAGUGUCAGAACAACCAUUGAAACGUCCAGAAGGGAUGCACCGAGAGCUCUUUGCUCUUCUGUAUAACGAUAAUCGGGACUCCCCAUCGCUGGCUCCAAGUGACACAACUCACGGAUACAAACAGCUGAAGGCUAAAUUAGGCAGAAAACAUGUCCGGCCAUGGAAAUGGGUCCCGUUCAAGAACCCUGCCCGUCCUGAUGGAGCCAUGCUGUAUCACUGGCGAAGAGGUGCUGAUGAGGCCAAGGAAUACCCCUUUGCCAGAUUUGAUAAGAAAGUAGAUGUUCCCACGUACACCAAUGAAGAAUAUAAGAUGUAUUUAAAUGAUAAUCAGCAGUCAACGUGGACACAAGAAGAGACAGACCACUUGUUUGAGUUAUGCAGGACUUAUGACCUACGCUUCAUUAUCAUUAAUGACAGAUAUGACAGAGAAAAAUUUCAGACAAGAACUAUUGAAGAUUUAAAGGAUAGAUACUACAGCUGUGUAACCAGGCUCCUGAAGGCAAGAGUUCCUACUGGCCAAGAGCCUGCUAAUCUGCCAACCCCAUAUCAUGCUCAGCACGAAACAGAUAGGAAAAGACAGCUUCUGAAGCUCUACAACAGAACACAAGAGCAGGUGCAAGAAGAAGAAAUGCUGAUGGCAGAGCUAAGAAAAAUUGAAAUGCGCAAAAAAGAAAGGGAGAAAAAACAACAGGACUUGCAGAAGCUGAUUACUGCAGCAGAAAACAGUGCAGAAUAUCGACAAAAGCGUGAGAAGAAACCAAUAAAAAAGAAAGUUCCCAAGAAAAAAGGAGAUGCACAAGAAGAGAAAAAGGUUGAAGUCCCUAGUACAGGAGUCAAGUUCCCUGAGAACAAAGGAGCUGGUGUAUUCCUUAGAAGUGCUAGGCUUAAAAUGCCUGGAGCAGUUGGCACCAAAAAGACAAAAGCUGUUGAGCAAUUACUGGAAGAACUUGGUGUCGAUUUGCAGCCUAUGCCUACAGAAAGCAUAUCCCAGCAGUUUAAUGAGCUGCGUAAUGACAUGAUCCUACUCUAUGAGCUCAAGCAGGCAGCUGGGAACUGUGAAUUUGAACAACAGACUUUAAAGCACAGAAUCGAGGCUUUAGCACCUGGGAAGGAUAUUAGUCAUUUGCUAGUGUCAUUCGAUGUACCAGCAACCCCUAAGGUAACCCAACAGCAGCCUAGUGUCCAGUCUGCAACGCCUCUUAUAGAUGCAGUUACACCCUCUCCAGGAUCACUCAACCCGCAGAGAAAACGUAGAACAGCAAGCGUGUUUAUGGACCAGAAUCCUCUAAAGAAGAAGAAAUUCUGAAGCGAUGACCUAGUUAUCCAAGUUAGUGCAGUUCAACCAUUCAAAUAGUAAGAGGGAGUGGUCAGAUUGCUCUUUGAAAACACUUUCAGAGACUAUUCUUUGAGUUUUCCUGUUUUCUAAGAGUGGUCAUCUUAGCCUGUUAAACACCCUUGAAGAUGUUGCCAUCCUAUGAAUCCCGGCAGUCAGCCAUUCUGCUAUUUGUGUAUAGUGCCCAAAUCUUGGUCAGAAAGAAAGCGCUUAUGUAGGAGUAUGUACAGACUGUAAACAAAUACAAACAUCACUCUUCAGGGUGGACUCAAAGGGUAGCGUAUAUGAAUGCAUACAAUAUUGUAUUCUCCUCUUCCGGAAAAAAAAAAAGAUGUGAAUAAAAAUUAAUAUCCCACCCGGGAGCAUAUA